AAGAAAUAACUAUGCUUGUGUGCUUUGCUUGGUGAUGUUGGAAUAUGAGUUUUGCUAUGAAGAACUUGUUGAGAGUGCAUAUUGUAUUUACAUCUAUUUACUUGAAAACAAAGACGAAUUGUGAAGAACUCUGUCCUUCUGGAUAUUAUGGUCCAAAGUGCACCUUAACAUGCCGGCCUCCAAGUUAUGGAAUUAAAUGCCAAUUAGAAUGCGAAUGCCGAGAGCAAGAUUGCGAUCAUGUUUUGGGAUGCACACAAUUUAAUUGUACUACUGGCUUUCAUGGUCCAAAUUGCGGCCAGACAUGUCGUUAUCCAAGCUAUGGCAUUAAAUGCCAGUCAAAGUGUUCCUGUGAAGAACAACAAUGCAGUCAUAUCACGGGAUGCAGAGCAUUAAAUGGGACUAAUGAUACACCUCUAACUGAUCUACCCUGUCAAGGUCAGAAUCAAACAACAUGUUUAGUACUUGUGAAUGACACGUCAAACGUAGGUAAGGAGUUUUUCUAAACUUUCGGUUGUCAGAUUUGAGCGUUCAUUAGAAUGUAUACUUGUGCAUCUAAAAUGUUCUACACAUAAUUAUCAUUUAUACUACAGAUACAGGUACCAUUUCUUUCAAGAAGAGAAAUAAAUAUGAA